GUGGUCAUAAGCAUGUAAGUCGUAUACUUUUCUGAUUUCCGCGCUGGAAAGUAAAAAGGGUCUUUGGUUUUUAGACACAUAUACAUUACGCCGCCAUCGGCGACGGUGACAAACGCUUAGAGACAACGUUCAGCCCGAAACUGGAUUACCUCAUCCCUGGCUUCCGAACCCAUUCUUUGAUGCCUCGAUUCCCAAAGGAGUGAUACAAUCUUCCCAUUGCAUUCAACUGUUGACACAAUGACCUCUCGUCACCUGGAUCCGACUGCUAUCGACAAUCUGCAACGUCACUGCGCUCUGACCACAGCCGACGCGCAGCAGAGUUACACGAAGUCGAUAGCUGCCCACGUCGCGCAGAGAUAAGGAAGGGAAGGAGAUGUACCCGAUGACGUCCGAGUCCUUUUCGAGCCCAUACACUGGAGCAUGAACCGAAUCUGCCAAUUGUGGUCCGGCGAGCGUACCUGACGGGGCCAUGGUUUUUCUGUCCGAGGAGACCAACGAAGUGACGGCAAAGUACUGGUGCAACGAAUCGUUCAGCGUGGAGGAUGCAGAUGCGCAUGCUCUUGACGCACGCACUUGAAGCGUCACGGGAUGGCUUAUCGGCCUGCCGACUUGGACUGCUUUUGGAGGGGCCGCAACAAACUCGAGGGAAUAGUCCGCCGACGGCGAUGGAAACUCCGCGGGCAAAAGAUCCGGAUGCGUUCUUGAACAAGCCGGCUGACGGUCCUGACGUCCUCGGCCUCGACUCCGGUUUGGGCGGCCGUGGUUGCGCUCUUGAGUCGAUCGAGGUUCAAAAGAAGAGUGAUGGUUACUUCGCGCCACGUCCAGCAUUGCGUCGUCGAUCAAAGCUCGCUCUGCACAACGGCGCCGCGCUCAUCAGCAUCUGGCGGACGUGUUCUUCGCACUCCCUCUGAACUUACAUGGUAAUCGGCUGAUGCUUUUGGUGCUGAUGAAUUUGCGAAAUGGGGCCAUCGGCUAGAGAGGAGAUCAUCCUAAUUUAACAACAAGGAAAGGGGUGGCUCGAAUGAAACUAAAUUUAGCUCCUCUAUAAAGGAAGAGGAAGAGAGAAAGAACGUUGGAGACAUCUCAUCGAGUAAUUGGCUGCUCUGCAUCAAGACAGCGUCCAACACAGUGGGCCAUUAUUGUCGCGCUAUUGCCUCGUAACUACGUAUAUUCUCCCUUCUGUCAAAGGCUGUCUCCAGAUUAGGCUGCGUGUGGCUGCUCGCCUUUGGCCUCGCAAAUGCUCGUCAUUGUUUUAGCAUCGCCCAGACGAUGGCCGACGUCCACAUCCGUCCCUCAUCUCCAUACGUCGCAGACGCCCAUUCCAACCUGGUCCAUUACAACCUGCGCGCUUGCACAAAAGAACGGAGCCUGCUCGUAACACACGUCCCGCCACCUGUCGAGCCUGUGUCAGAUCCACGGGUCCUGCUUCGGAGAUCCAGGCAGCGCCUCCUAGGCCUUGUGUAGCCCUAACCCAUGGUACGU